AUGGACACGAUGCUGGUGUCUGUCCUCGUGGCCGUUGCCCUUCUGCUGGUGAGCUGGGUGUUGCCGAAGAGAAAAUCCACGGUCGCCAAAUACCCGGAUCCCCCGAUUAUUCCUUUCAGUAGCGAGGAAAUCAUCCGGAAUCCCCAUGAAUGCUUCAUGUAUGGAUUCAGACACUAUGGACAAGUGUUUCGGUAUUAUGGCAAUGGAAGCGUGAGCUGCUCAUCCACUUUGCUAGCGUUUCUACUCAUCGCUAUUCAGUAUCGAUAUAUGGUCUCCAAGGAGCUGACCGAACGAGUCCUGACUGAUGAUACAACCUUUAGCUUUGAAUUGGGUGUUGCAAAAGCUUUGAAGAUAAACCUCGUCUCCUGCUUCCACCGCGGCACUUUCCACUCGGACGUCGAUGCCAUCGUCACGGAAGUCACAGUCAAGCGUUUAAAAUCAAUCAUACCCAAGAUAUCCCCUAUCUUCCAACGUAACGCCGCAGAACUGGUUCAAAUGCAUGGAAAUGAGCCCUUCGACCCGCUUCCAUACCUGCAAAAGACAGUCGCCGAGGCUAUUGCCGUGAUUAUCUUCGGAGAUGAGAUCGCCCGGACUUGUAAUCCCGAUCUCAUCGUCAAUAUCGCCGAAGGGGUGGCCAAGGCGACAGGCAUGUUCCAGAAUCAGUCAAGCUGGGGGAGAAAGUUUCCGACUUUGUAUUCUUUCUAUAGUUGGACCGAGCUCAUUCUCUUCCAUCUGAUCUGGCGGUUCGGCAGGGAAAUGGGUCCGACGGUAUGGACUGCGCUGUCGAAGUUAUCCAGCAGUCCUAGAGACAGCAAAGAUGCAGAUGACACCAACUCCACCGUCCUCGCUGUCCUCGCCCGCAAACUCGCCUCCAAACCCGGCCACCUUUCCAUCGCGUCCAAGAUCUGGGCUAUUACCUUAUCCUUGGCGUUUAUAUUUGCAUCGGUGCAUCAAACAGUAGUCAUAAUGACCUACGUCGUCUUCGAACUCGCCCGCCACCCAGAAUGCCAGGAAUCCAUCGUCCUCACUGACCUCUCUCCCUCCUCGCCCGUGACGGUCGACUCCCUCCGCGACGCCAUCCACGCCGAGUCCUUCAUCCGUGAGGUGCUUCGCAUGAAAGGUGAGGCUAUCACCACCGUGCGCAGUCCGCGCCAUGAUCUAGAACUCGCGGGGUAUUUUAUCCCGAAAGGCUCCCUCCUCCAACCUAUGGUCUACCCAUCCAACCGAUCCCCCGAGUACACAACCAACCCAGAUACAUUUGACGGGAUGCGCUGGACGCAAAACCGUAAGCUGGCGACGACGACCGGUCCGGGACAUUUGUCUUUCGGACUGGGUCGGUGGGCUUGUCCGGGGAGGUUUUUGGCUGUUGCGGAAAUCAAACUCGUCAUAUUGACCCUUCUGGCACAGGCGGACCUAGAACUGGUUGAUGGGGAGUUUACAUUAGCGGAUAAGUUGAAUAUCGUGGGGACGCCGCCGAGGGGGAGGAUGGUGAUGAAGAGAAGACUAAGAACAGGAACAAGCGGAGGGAGAGUGAACUGA